AUGGCUCCUCGACGAGCAGCAUCUUCCGUCCCUGAAGGUGAGUUUCGCAUGCGUUUCGCCCACCGCCCAUACCUUGCAUCACGUAAGAUCUCACGCGAGAAUGGAGCUGACAGAAUGACAGGAUACAAGGAGGACAUCUCCAAGGGAAACAUGCUCCGUUUUGAGGACUCCCUUCCCCGACUCCCCGUUCCCUCCCUUGAAGAGACCAGUCGCCGAUACCUCAAGUCCGUGCACGCGGUUGUCUCCGAGGCCGAGUACGCGCGCACCAAGAGCGCCGUCGAGGCUUUCAUCCGCCCCGGUGGCCAGGGUGAGGCUCUGCAGAAGCGCCUCGAGGCCCGCGCCGCUGACCCUAAGAUCAAGAACUGGCUUGCCGAGUGGUGGAACCAGGCCGCCUACCUCGGUUAUCGUGACCCCGUCAUCCCCUACGUAUCAUACUUCUACUCCUACCGUGAUGACCGCGAGCGUCGUGACCCCGCCAAGCGCGCAGCUGCUAUUACUACCGCUGCGCUCGAGUUCAAGGCCAAGGUUGACGAUGGCUCCCUGGAGCCUGAGUACCUGCGCAAGGAGCCCCAGGCUAUGAGCUCCUACCAGUACAUGUUCAACUGCUGCCGUAUCCCCGCUGACGGCGAGGAUUUCCCCCGCAAGUACUCCGCUGCUGAAAACCAGCACAUUGUUGUUGUGCGCAAGAACCAAUUCUUCAAGGUGCCUCUCGUUGUGGAUGGCCAGCAGCUUAACGUCUCCGAGCUGGAGCAGCAGUUCAAGCGCAUCUACGAGAUCGCACAGCCCGCGCCGCCGGUUGGCGUUCUGACUGUUGCGGACCGUGAUCACUGGACUGCUGCCCGCAAGACUCUUGUUGCUGCCGAUGCCGCCAACGAGGUGGCUCUCCAGGACAUUGAGUCUGCUGGCUUCGUUGUCUGCUUGGAUGACGCCAAGCCCGUUACUCUCGCUGAGCGCGCCCACCAGUACUGGCACGGAGAUGGCUCGAACCGCUGGUUCGACAAGCCCCUCCAGUUCAUUAUCAACGACAAUGGUUCCGCCGGUUUUAUGGGCGAGCACAGCAUGAUGGACGGUACCCCCACCCACCGCCUGAACGACCACGUCAACAACCUCAUUUUCAACAAGAAGAUCGAUCUCUCCGCCCAGACCGUGCGCUCCCAGCUCGCAGACCCCAAGCCCAUCACCUUCAAGCUGAAUGACGCCUCCAACGAGGCUAUCGACAUCGCGCACCAGUACCACCGCAAGCAGAUCGCCUCCCACGAGCUCGUCGUCCAGGCCUACCAAGGCUACGGAAAGGGCCUGAUCAAAAAGUUCAAGUGCAGCCCCGACGCCUUCGUCCAGAUGACCAUCCAGCUCGCUUACUUCAAGAUGUACGGUAAGAACCGCCCAACCUACGAGUCCGCCUCGACCCGCAAAUUCGCCGAAGGCCGCACUGAAACCACCCGCACUGUCUCCGACGAGAGCGUCGCCUUCUGCAAGGCCCACCAGGACCACACCACUCCCCGCGAGGAAGUUGUCAAGCUCUUCCGUGCUGCCCUUGCCCAGCACACCAAGUACACACAAGAGGCUAGCUCCGGCCACGGUGUCGACCGCCACCUCUUCGGUCUCAAGAAGCUCCUCCAGCCUGGCGAGCAGCUGCCUGAGAUCUACCAGGAUCCCGCUUUCGCCUACUCUUCCUCCUGGUACCUCUCCACCUCCCAGCUGAGCUCCGAAUAUUUCAACGGAUACGGAUGGAGCCAGGUUAUCGACGAUGGAUUCGGAAUCGCGUACAUGAUCAACGAGAACAGCAUCAACUUCAACAUCGUCUGCAAGCGUCUCGGCGCUGACCGCAUGAGCCACUACCUGAACGAGGCGGCCUCCGAGCUUCGCGACCUCCUCAUGCCCGAUCUCGCUGCCCAGCCCGAGAAGCCGAAGCUGUAG